GGGGCUGCGGGGCUGCGGCGCGGGGCCAUGGCCGCGGCGCGGAGCGUGGCGGGCUGGCUGGCCGGCUUCCUGCUGCUGCCAGCUUUAGGGAUGAUUCCACCUCCUAAGAAUGUUAAGAUGAAUUCAGUUAAUUUCAAGAACAUUCUCCAAUGGGAGUCACCUGCGUUCCCCAAAGGGAACCUGACUUUCACAGCUCAGUACGAAAGUUACUGGUAUUUUCAAGACCGCUGCAAGAAUACUGCCUCUACCCAUUGUGACUUCUCAGUUCUCUCUAAGUAUGGUGACCACACCGUGCGAGUCAGGGCGGAAUUUGCAGAUGAGCAUUCGGAGUGGGUAAAUGUCACCUUCUGCCCUGUGGAUGACACCAUCAUUGGACCUCCUGAGAUGCAGAUAGAACCUCUUGCUGACUCUCUGCAUAUGCGUUUCUCGGCCCCCAAAAUUGAGAAUGAACCUGAGACAUGGACCAUGAAGAACAUUUACAACUCAUGGGCUUACAGGGUGCAAUACUGGAAAAAUGGGACUGAUGAGAAGAUUCAAGUCACUUCUCGGUAUGACUCCGCGGUCCUCAGAGAUCUGGAGGCGUGGACAACUUACUGCAUUCAAGUUCAAGGGUUUCUUCUUGACCAGAACAGAAAUGGGGAAUGGAGUGAACCUGUCUGUGAGCGGACAACCAAUGAUGCAGAAACGACCCCUCCCUGGAUAGUGGCCAUCCUCCUCGUAACCUCCGUCUUCGUGGUCUUCCUCUUCCUGCUGGGCUGCUUUGGCUUGCUGUGGUUCAUUUGUAAGAAGGCCAAGUACACCUUCCAUUCUGGGACGUCUCUCCCACAGCACCUGAAGGAGUUUCUGGGUCACCCUCACAGAGCUUCCCUGCUCUUCUCCCUCCCUGUCUCUGAUGAGACUGAGGUGUUCGACGAGCUGAGCAUCGUCCAUGAGGAGGCUGAAGGCAAGCAGGAUCCCAGAGACAGCUGUGCACUGGGGACCCCAUGCGAGCCAGGACCUCAAGAGCUGGGGUCCAGGGACAGAGCCCCCUCGCCGACACAUGGUGACCCUUUACAUCUCACAUCUGCCUCAGAAGUGUGACCAGACGGGCCAGUUGAGAAAACCCUAAACCUGGAACUUGCUGAUGCUCGCUCCACUUGUGCAGAAGAGUCAGAGAGCCCGGUUUUGAAAGCUCCAGUGACAAAACACUCCAUUUGGAGGCUCACCGCCUUAUUGAGUUUAAUAGUUUGGGGACGGAGGGAAGGCUCUGCUGAUAGAGUGUUUAACAUACAUGAAGUCCUGGCUUCAUCCCCAACACCAUAUUAGCCAGGAAUGCCGGUGCAGCCUACAAGCACUACCCUUUGCAGGUAGAGACAGGACGAGCAGGGGUUCAAGGCCAAGCUGGACUAAAGUCCCUGUCUAAAAGACAGAGAGACAUUAUUGUUCUUUUAAUGACCACUGAAUGUAAUUGGAGCCCCUUGUGCUCACUAAAAUAGACAAACAGAAAUAAGGAACAAAAGUGAAAACAUUAUAAAAUCAUAAGAAUGUCUGAAAAGUGAUUGGCCCCACACUCGACAGACAUGGGUGUUUUGGAUUCUCAAGGAUCAAACGGAUACCCUUUCCUAGCUGUGUGUUUUGUGUAUUACUGGUGUCCUGUGAAUAUUUCGUAUUUGUAUAUUUGUGUUUUCUAGCUUCCCGCUGUUGUAACAAAAUACGUGACAUAAACUAUUUAA